GUCAUCAAUUUUCUCAGAUACAGUUUUUCAUGCAAUUUCAUAUCUUUUUGCUUUAUUUAUUAUAAUCACUUCCGUUUCUGAUUCUUGUGAAGUUAUAGAGUGAAUUGAAAAAUGAUUUUAUAAAAGCUUCAAGGCUUCAAUCUUCUUAUAGAAACCCAAAAGAUUUUUCUUUUUCCUGAGAAGAGAAGUUGAAACGAGCUCAAGUUGGGGAUAUUCGUUUCUUCUUCUGUUUCUACUUUCUGAGGAUCUCUUCAUCUGCCUUGUCCAAAAGGUUUUUUAUUUAUUCCGUUAUUAAAAAAAAUAAAAGAAACCCUUUUUUGAGAAGAUUAAAAAGCUACAAUCUUUAUUAGAGAAACUCCCCCCCCCCCCCCCCCCCCAGAAAAAGGGACAAAGGAACACAAAGAAGUCAUCCCUAUUCAUGAAACAGGGUUCGAUGAAUAGAUCAUGUCUCUGUAGUAUCUUAAUCACUACUUCUCUCAUCUGUGGUGUUUACUUCAUUGGCAAUGCUUACAUCCAUCAACAAUUUAAAGAGAAAUUGCUAAGAUGGGAUUUUACUGAUAAGAUGCAUAAUGUUACUGAAAAGAUGCAUAAUGUCACUCAUAAGAUGCAGAAGGCAACAACAACAUCUGGUACAUGCGAGAAUCUCAAUAAGCCGAUGGGAACUGAAUCAUUGCCGCAAGGGAUUAUCGCCAAAACAUCAAACCUGGAAACUCAACAUCUUUGGAACUACGAUGACAAUGAAAAGGGGAAACAGAACCGUGCAAUGAGUUUGUUAGCCAUGGCUGUUGGAAUCAAGCAGAAGGAGCUAGUCAACAAAGUCAUCCAAAAGUUUCCUCCUCGAGAUUUCGUGGUCAUGCUUUUUCAUUACGAUGGUGUUGUCGAUGAUUGGAAGCAGUAUCCAUGGAAUGAGCAUGCUAUUCAUGUUUCCGUGAUGAACCAAACAAAAUGGUGGUUCGCUAAGCGAUUUUUGCAUCCUGAUAUAAUUACAGAGUAUGAGUAUAUAUUUCUCUGGGACGAAGAUCUUGGUGUUUCUCAUUUCAAUCCCAAACGAUACCUAUCUAUCGUCAAAGAAGAAGGUCUUCACAUAUCGCAACCUGCUCUUGACACAACAAACUCAGAGGUUCAUCAUCCUAUCACCGCUCGUCGCAAGAACUUGAAAUUUCAUAGGAGGAUGUAUAAAAACAAAGGAAGUGGAAGAUGUGAUGACCAUAGUACCAACCCUCCCUGCAUUGGGUGGGUAGAAAUGAUGGCACCUGUUUUCUCUAGAGAAGCAUGGAGAUGUUCUUGGUAUAUGAUACAGAAUGAUUUGAUCCAUGCUUGGGGGUUGGAUAUGCAGCUUGGUUACUGUGCUCAAGGUGAUAGGAAGAAAAAUGUAGGUGUAGUUGAUGCAGAGUACAUAGUUCAUUAUGGUCUUCCCACGCUCGGUGUGGUUGACACCAAUUCAAGCUCUUCUCAGAAUGAGACGAACCCGAAAUCAUCGCCGAGGAAGAUUUCACAGGAAUCAUCAUCAGAGUCUCAUGAAGUGGAUAAUAGACCAGAAGUGAGGAUGAAAUCGUUUGUAGAGAUGAAGAGAUUCAAAGAACGUUGGAAGAAAGCUGUGGAUGAUGAUAUCUGUUGGGUUGAUCCGUAUUGAAACCCAAGUGGUUUAAGUAAACCGAACUAUACCGGGUCACGUGUACAAUAUUGUUUUUUUGAAUUAUUGUCGUUAAUGUUUGUUAUUGUUUUGGGAGUAUAUAGACUGUUUUACAGAGGAGGGGGGGGGGGGGGGGGGUGAAAUAGUGUACUUUUCUGUUGUAGACCACAUAGUAGAUUUUUGUUAUUGAGAAAACGAAAAAAAUCAAAUAAACUUUAAUUCCACAAAAAAUAAUGUAUUUUUUAUUAUAAUAUUGUUUGUGGAUAUAUUA